CAUUCACACACUUCCCUCCUCAGCGAUGGGUACGCAGACAGCCGAGCUCCUGGACUGUCUCUGAAUGUGUAUCUGACACCUCCUCUUGCUGAGCUCCGGAGGCUCCCAGUGACCUCUUGGUAAUCAGCCUUGGCGGGCAGGGCCUAAAUCCCCACCCCUUGGAAAACUCACGGAGCCUGAUGUCUGCCUGAGCAGCUUUCAGGAAAGACCUCACAAGCACCCACCCAAUCUCUCCUAGUAGAAAAUUGCCAAACCAAGCCCAUUUCCUCAAAAGAUGGUGGAGCACUUAGCAGCCUCCUAUAUUGCUCUGAAACUGGAGAAUGAAAUUCUGCAAGCCCAAGUGCAGCGGCUGAUGGAAGAAAAUGCUGCGCUCCAGGCCCAGAUCCCAGCGCUCCAGAAGUCCCAAGCAGCCAAAGAGGAUGAACCACUCCAAAACCCCUCACAGACCCAGGAGCCCCAGAAGCCCCCAGAGCCCCUGGGUCCCCCAGCAGGCUGGGAUCUCCAAGAGCCCCCAGAGGUCAAAGAGGCCCAGAAGCCCCCAGAGCCCCUGGGUCCCCCAGCAGCCUGGGAUCCCCAAGAGCCCCCAGAGGUCAAAGAGGCCCAGAAGCCCCCAGAGCCCCUGGGUCCCCCAGCAGCCUGGGAUCCCCAAGAGCCCCCAGAGGUCAAAGAGGCCCAGAAGCCCCCAGAGCCCCUGGGUCCCCCAGCAGCCUGGGAGCCCUCAGAGCUCCCAGAGGUCAAGGAACCCCAGAAGCCCCCAGAGCCCCAGGAUCUCUCAGCCUGGGAGCCUACCGAAGCAGAGGAGCCCCAGGAGGCCCAGAAGCCCCUGGAGCCCUCAUCAAUCCAGGAGCCCCAGAAUUCAGAACCACAAGAUCCCCCAAAUGCUGGGGAGCCCCAGGAGGCACCAGAAUGCCAGGAGACAUCGGCACAGCUGGAACCCCUUGAUCUUCCAGCUCCCCAGGAGCCUCUGGAGACUUGGGUGCCCCAGGAAUCCCUGGAUCCUUCAGGUACCCAGGAGUUAUUAGAACUCUUAGCACCCCAAGAGUCCCUGGAAGGCCUAGUAGUUGUCAAGACAUCAGCAGCUUCAGAGUUCCCACAGGCCCCCAUUGGAUUAGAGGCUGCAGAUUUCCCCCUAGAAUACCCUCUAGUCUUCAAUGGGGAUGCCCAGAAGCUUUCUGAGUUCCUGAUUCAUCUAAAUAGUUACAUGAGAGUCAGAGGGCACCUGUACCCCACUGAAGCAGCCCUGGUGAGCUAUGUUGGCCACCGCUUCUCAGAUGAGGCAGGAAGGUGGUUCCAGCCCUUAUUGGAUAUCCAAAGCCCCCUGCUGGAGCAAUUUGAAAGUUUCAUACGAGUCCUCCAGGAUACUUUUGACAAUCCAGAAAACAUGGAUGAUGCCAACCACUGCAUCCGUCAGCUCUGCCAAGGGGAGGGCCCUGUCCACCAGUACGUGACUCACUUCUACCUCAUUGCUCAAGAGCUGACCUGGGAUGAACGCACUCUCUGCAUCCAGUUUCAAGAAGGGCUUCCCAGUUUUAUCCGAGAUGAACUGUCUCACACUAGCCCAGCCAACAAUCUGUCUGAUCUGAUCACUCAGUGCAUCAGCCUAGAAGAGAAGCUAAAUGGUGAGCCUGAUCCCAAUCCGUCAGGGGCAAGCCCCUCUGAAGAGAAAGAUGGGCCUGAGAGUCUGCCAGCUGAAAACCAGCCUGUGCGGGCCGCAAGCAACCGUCCUCACAUCAGUGAAGCUGAACGGGCCCGCCGCCGCGAAGGCCACUUGUGCCUCUACUGUGGUCAUCCUGGUCAUUUUGCCAGAGAUUGCCCGGUCAAGCCUCACCGUGCCCAGCAGGCGGGAAACAUCGAGGCCCGGCGGUAAGGGGGACCCCGGGCGGGCCAGUCUACAAAUAUGCGUCCCCCUCUCUUCCAAUAUCUAUGUCCCGUACCCUAUGGCUAACUGUUGAAAUCCGACUGGGAAGACUACAGUUCUUUGAGCAAGCAAUGGUGGAUUCAGGCUCCUACAGAAACAGCAUCGACCAUUCUGUGGUUCUUCGAGAGAAGCUGCCCAUCCGCAAUAAUAUCUUCCCUCUGAUGCUCGAAACCGUCGAUGGCCGUCCGCUGAUUAAUGGACCCAUAACCAAGGAAACACCACCAGUCGAAGUUAAAAUUGGAAACCACGUUGAAGAGCUCCAGUUUGACGUUAUUCAUGCACCACGGUACCCUCUGAUUCUUGGAAUCCACUGGCUUGAGACACAUGACCCAAACAUAGAGUGGAGUACCCGCACUGUGUCCUUUCCGUCACGUUAUUGUCACUACAAUUGCUUCAGGCACAGGUGGAAUAGAAGACGUCGUGAUGAAAUAAUUGCUGGGUAGAUCCUGCGUCCUAGUGACCGCUCCUGGCAACCUGUCUUCUGUUACCUCAGCUGUCAUCAGCAUUUGCUGCUCCCUGAAUCUUCCACUGAACCUCUGGCUAUGAACUAAGGCUACCUGUACAACGACCCUGCCUCUCGGAUUACGGACUGAACCUGACGACUUUGAGCUGCUUUUUUCACCAAUCCUGCAUGCCCCCCUCUCUGAACCCUGCAUUAUGAAGGGCGAUUUUAAUUACAAUUUAUACUAAUACUAUGCAUGAGAAUAGAUAUUAGAAACCAAUAAUGAAAAAGUGUAGCUGUUAGACUGACUUGAUUUUUUUCUGAUCAAGAUUUUCUCUAUCACAAAAAUUGCAGCAUCUUUUUAAUAAAGAAAAUAAAUUUCCAAGUGAUAAUUUUUAGAAGAAUCAAUAAACAUUGGCAAUUUCUA